AAAAAAAAAAUUAAACCAAAACACGGGAAAAGAAAGAAAGAGAACGCCCAUUUCAGAAAGAAAGAAAGCAAGCAGCCAAGCCUCACGCGAAACAGCGAACUCGCGAACUGCUCCUCGCCUCCUCCCUGCUUGCCUCGCCGGCUCGCCGCCCUGCUGUCAACCCACGUCGACGUCGUACCUCCGGCGCUCCCGUCCCUGCCUCCUCAGUGCUACGGGCCGCCGCCGUCACGCCAUACUUAAUUUGAUUCAAGUAAUAUUAAUGCUGGUUUUGAUGCUUACGGUUUUGAUGCUGGUUUUGAAUGUUGGUUUUGAUGCUGGUCAUCUUCUCAGAUUUUGUUGUUAGGGUUUUGUUUCUUCGGAGCUGAAGUUUUCUACUCAUUUCACUUAGGUAAGAGGCUGUGUGCAAAGACUCAACCCAAUAAGAAGAAGGAAGGGAUGCAUGAAAUAAAAGAGAGCGACAUACAUUAUUAAUAGUGCGGACCAUAGCAGGAGUAAGAAUCAAGGAUAAUAAUUUCCUUUACUUGGGACAAUUUGUAAUGCUAUUGCUUCUUGAUUUAGGUAAUUUCUUUUCUUCGUUUAAUUUUUCCUGGGGUUUUGCUCUUUCUUUGAUUUUUUAGGAUUUAGGGUUUCUUGCAUUGUUAUUAUGCUUCAUUUUAGCUUCAAUUUCUUUUCAAUGGAUUAUAACAAAUACUCAAAAUUACGUAGAUAUUCCAGAAAAACAGGGAACUUUCGAAUAAUUAUGAUGAUUUUAACAUUAAAAAAAAAAGCAAACAAAAGACUAAGGGGGCGUUUGGUUGGGGUUAAUAAACAAAGGGAAAGAGAAUGGGUAAACCCGAUUCCCUUUGUUGUUAUUUGUUUGCCACUCACAAUCAUAUCCUUUUCUCAUUUUUUGUUUUGGGAUUACCCAUAAUUAGGGCUUCCUCAUUCCCCAACCCCCCGUACCUUUUCCAUUCCAUUCCCCUGCAUUACCCUCUCCUCUCAAACCCUACACACGGCCGUCCGCCUCCUCCCUCAAGUUUUCCUCUCUUCCUCACGACGGCCGGCCGCCAUUAGUUCGUAGCUUUCUUCUCCUCAAUCUCGACUUUCCUGCCGCCAUUGUCAAAUGUAAGUUCUUCUACUAUUGCUGAUUUCAUUCGACUUCAGUGGCCAUCUCAAUCUCUUUUCUCUUCUAAUACUGUUGCCAUCGUUCGACUUCAGUGGCCAUUUCAUUCAUUAUUCUCCAUUGAACUGCUUUGUUCGAGUUCCUACGAGUGCUGCUUCAUCUUCAUCUCAAACCCACGAUUCAAUUGGACUACUUUGUUUGUUCAUUCAAUUUGACUGCUUCAAUUCGCAGGUAAACCCACUGCUUUGCUUUCCUUAUUUAUCAAAUUCUUGUUUGUUCAUUUCGGUUAGCCAAUUUCUUGUUGCUUAUUUUCUUGCUGCUGCUAUUUGAUUGUUGCUGCCAUUUCUUGUUGCUUCAAAGAAAUGGUAAUUUUGUGGGUAUAUUGCUUGUAACUGUUGGGUAGUUUAUGGAUUUAGUAAGUGUUGGGUAAUUUUGUGGGUAUAUUUCCAUUUUGUUAUUGAUGUUCUUGAUGGAGUAUAAUGUGAGGGCUGUUGAUGUUCUGGGCUGUUGAUGGAGUAUCUUGCUGCCAUUUUGUUAUGGGUAUAUUGCUUGAUGUUCUGGGCAGCUUCAUGGAGCAAUUCCAUGUUUAGAAUAAGGUGCUUAACUUGAACCAAACAGUCACAAAGGGAAUCAAUGAGCAGUUCAUUCCGUUUCCUGAACACAAUCAAACGACUAGGCUAAAUUAGGGGAAUCCAUUCCUUUCUCCUUCAUUCCCUUUCCUCAUUCCAUUCCGAUUUCCUUGUGCGAACCAAACGCCCCAUAAAAAUUGACUUUUAAUAAUUUGUUAUGAAAACCAAAAUUUGUUAAGCUGGUUUGACAUUUUACAGUAAUCCUUUUUGAUUAUUGGAAUGCAGAAUUCUCUUAUUUAAGAAAAUUGAUACAAUAAGUAAGAUGUUAUUACUUAUUAACCUUGAGAUGGAUAGAUUAUGAUUAUGAAUGUGGUUAAGUGUUUAGUUUUAUCUAUCAAUGAAUUUGUGGAAUGCGAUCGUGAAUAUAUUUUGUAAUGAGUUGUAACCGUAAAUCUUUCCUUUCUUCUCAUAUUCAAAACAUCAUUUCAUUUUUCCUUAACCGUUUGAGAGAUUCGGAUUCCUCUAUUGGAUAUGCUUGUAUUUCUGCUAUUUCGUCACUUUCUUCAUUAAUUCUUUUUUUUCUUUACUUGAUUAUUUUUUUGGGUCAAUCUCAAUAGAGCAAGGUUUUAUUGCCCAAAUGAGUUGUUUGUGCUUGAAUGCAACCAUUAAUGAUGGAAUUUUGGGUGAAAGAGAAGAUGGAGAUUUGAUUAAAAAGGUUUUGCCUAAAGUUAUGAAAUUGUUGGAAAAUAAUGGUGUUUAAAGCAAAAGGAACAUUCUUAGGAGUGAUUGAAAGUGUUAUUGGUGUAUAUAAUAAAAUUGUGAUUAAUAAUAAGGUUGGAGGAAAUUUUAGGAAAAUUUGUAAAUAAUACUCUCAAUUAUUGCUCAUUGACUCGAAAUACUCCCAAUUAUUAUUUAACCCUAUAUACCCCUAAUAUUGGGAUAGUUAACCUUGUAUAUCCCUAACUUAUGCUCAUUGACUCAAAAUAUCCAAAAACAAUCGAUUGAAAAUAAUGUAUAUAGUGGUCAAGGUUAGUAUUGUUGUUGAAAUGCUGAGUUCUGAUGAAUGGAUGCCUAGAAAAUUUGUUGGUAAAGUUCUGCUUAAGUUGGUUAUUGUUUUAGAUGAAGAUUCUACUGCUCAAGUUAUAACAUUGUUGUUAAUUAUUUAGAGUGUAAGAGAUUUGGUAAAGUAAGGUUUUUGUUUCGAUUAGUAUGGGCUGUGGGCAGUGUUAGGCAAUAUUGAUAAAUAUUGUGUAUUAUAGAUUGAUGAGUGGAUAAACACGUGGGUUUGUAUUAAACCAUAUAAAUAUUGCAAUAUUAAGUCUUGCUCCUGGAGAGAGGAGUAUUCCAUUCAUUUACAUGGUAUCAAGCCAAACCUUCACCAUCUCCUUUUUUCUUCUCUGAUCUUCUUCCGCUGCAAUUUCUUUUGUUUUUUUAUCUUCUUCAAUACUCUUUUCUGUUCUUGUCUUUAUUAUCAUGGCUGGAGCCUGGAGGAGAUGACAAUGUCAAGACCUCUCUUGUCAACGCUUACCAUCCGGCUUUGAAUGUCUCCAACAUUAGGAGUCUUGUACUGUUGGUUCUUGACGGUGAAACACUCCAGUUUACUCCAUGGCUACGUUGUUCUGAAAUACCGCAAAGGUAUACGCAGUUCUUGAUCACAUUGAUUCCACGGUUAGUUGACCACCGGACGUCGAAGUUGGGUUGUGGGAACGUCUUGAUGCGGUGGUUCUUCAAUGGAUAUACGGCACUAUUCACACUGAUCUUUUGUACCGACUUCUUGAUGAAAGGGCCACAGCUAUGGUGGUUUGGGAAAAAUUACGUGAUCUUUUUCAAGACACUAAGGGUACUUGGGUUGUUCAUCUGGAAAACCAAUUUAGUAUGAUUAAAUUGGAGAAUUGUUCUUCAUUGGCAGAUUAUUGUCAACGUUUGAAGGCUAUUUCUGAUCAAUUAUUGACAAUGGGUCAUUCAGUUCCGGAAGAACGCUUGGUUCUUCAAUUGACCGGAAAAUUGACGUCGGAUUACGCGAUGGUUGCAACCUUAACUCAACAGGCGUCCCCUUUACCUUCUUUCUCCAAAGCAUGCUCCAUGCUUGAGCUCCAUCGAGUUAGCCGUUAAAAGAACCAGGAGGACUCAUCUUUAUCUUCUUCCUCGAUUGCUCUUGUAGCUACGACAACCUCUUUUUGUGGUUCGUUUGGUGGUUCCGUUGGAGCUGGUGGCCGGUCUACGGUAAUGGGACAGUUCAAGGGUAGCAAGAAAAAGAAACACAGCUCCUCAAGGGGGGGAAUAAACCGGGGGGACAUCAAGCCCAACAAUCGCAACCGCAACCCUUUUUCUAUCCACCUUGGGUUGGACCAUGGUCUUCCUUUUAUCCACCAUGUCCAUUCCUCUCUGCUCCGGUUCAGUGGCGUGGUGGCCAUGGGCAACGACCUUCGGUUUCUCAUGGUCAGCAAGGUGUUCUUGGUCGGGCCCCACAGCACGGUAAUACCACUGCUGCUUUCUUGGCUCCGGGACAUAAUUUCCAACCCUCUGACUUGCCUCCAAUGUUCAACACUAUGCAACUUCAACCUCCGGACAAUAACUGGUAUAUGGAUACCGGUGCAACGUCCCAUCUCAUGAAUGGUUCAGUUAUUGAUUUCCCAUUUAUUAAUUGGAAUUCUUAUAAUUCACAUAUUAUGGUUGGUGAUGGCACUAGAAUACCGAUUAAGGGUUGUGGGACUAUGGCUUUACCUAAACCUUUUGCCCCUCUUACUCUUAAAAAUAUUUUAUUUACUCCUCAUAUUGUCAAAAAUCUUGUGUCUGUCCGUAAAUUCACUUCUGAUAAUAAUGUGUCUGUCGAAUUUGACCCGUUUGGUUUUUCUGUGAAGGAUCUGCAGACGGGGAAUUUGUUGAUGAGGUGCAAUAGUGUCGGGAGUCUCUUCCCUCUCUUAUCAAAUAAAGAUUCCUCUUCAUCUGCUUUUGCUACUCUAUCUUCUGAUGUUUGGCACAACCGAUUGGGUCAUCCUGGUGAUCACGUGCUUAGUUUUCUUAGGAGUAAAAAAAUAAUUGAUUGUAAUAAAGGCCUAGCCUUCAUGUUUGUCAUGGUUGUCAGUUGGGAAAGCAUUGUCGGCUUCCUUUUUCAGGUUCUACUACUAGAAUUACUUCUCUGUUUGAUAUAAUACAUACUGAUUUAUUCACUUAUCCUAUUAAUAGUCAUACGGGUUUUCCCUAUUAUUUUCUCUUCCUAGAUGAUUAUUCUCAUUAUUUGUGGGUGUUUCUUUUAAAAUCUAAAACUGUUGUCUAUGAUACUUUUGUGCGUUUUCAUAAGUAUGUUCAAACUCAGUUUGGUUAUUUCAUUAAGGCAUUGCAAUGUGACAAUGGGCGUGAGUAUGAUAAUGACAACUUUACUUUAUUCUCUCUUUACCAUGGCAUGAUUUAGCGUUAUUCGUGUCCUCAUACUUCCUCUCAAAUUGGAAAGGCGGAACGUAUGAUCCGCACUAUUAAUAAUGUAUGCCGCUCUCUUUUAUUUCAUGCAUCCCUUCCUUCUUCUUAUUGGGUUGAGUCUUUGCACACGGCCUCUUACCUACUUAACAUUUGCUCUACUCGAUUGUUAGGUAAUCUCACUCCUGUUCAUAUUCUGUAUAAUAGAGCCCUGACGUACAAUCAUAUUCGUACAUUUGGUUGUCUUUGUUAUCCAAAUGUCUUCGCCACCGCGUCCAACAAAAUGAGUCCCCGUUCUACUCCUUGUAUUUUUCUUAGAUACCCUCUUUCUUAUCGGGGGUAUCGAUGUCUAGACAUUCAAACUAAGAAAAUCAUUAUUUCUCGACACGUGGUGUUUGAUGAAUCAGCAGUUCCAUAUUCCUCAAAUUAUACUCCACAGCUCUCAGAUUUUGAUUUUCUGCUUUCUAACGAGCACACAACUCCACCUUCUCUUCUGAUUCACUCUAGCUCGCCGACCCAACCCCCAAAUCAACACCCUUUCCCUGAUGUUGGGCCAGCUUCUCCAGGACAGCUCACCCCUUUCCCCUCCAUAACAGCCCACAGAUUCUCUUUACUCUUCUUCACAUUCUCCUCUUCCUUCUAGCCCACGUGUCAUCCAGCCUUCUCACUCCAUGCACACCCGUUCUAAGUCUGAGAUUUUUAAGCCGAAUUCGAAGUAUGCUAAUGUUGUUUUUGCUACUUUGUCUACUCCUCAAAAAUCUCCGUUACCUCGUUCUCCGGCUAAUGCUCUACAAGAUCCUAACUGGUAUAGUGCUAUGUGUGAUGAAUAUAAUGCCAUGAUUGCUACUCAUACUUGGGACUUUGUUCCGAGACCAAAUAAUGUGAAUGUGAUUCGGUGUUUGUGGGUCUUUACCCAUAAGGAGAGAUCUAAUGGGGAGUUUGAGAGACACAAAGCUAGGUUGGUUGCUAAUGGUAAGAGUCAGGAAGUUGGUGUUGAUUGUGGUGAGACUUUUAGUCCGGUGGUGAAACCGACUACUAUUCGCACGGUUCUUAGUCUGGCUUUUUCCAGACAAUGGUCUAUUCACCAGCUCGAUGUGAAAAAUGCUUUUCUUCAUGGACAUUUACAGGAAAUUGUAUACAUGCAUCAACCAUAUGGGUUUGUUGAUCUCAACAUGUUUGUCUUCUCCGGAAGUCUUUUUAUGGUCUUAAACAGGCUCCUUGGGCCUGGUAUCAGCGUUUUGCGACUUACAUUCUUUUUUUGGGUUUUGUUAACAGCAAAAUUGAUACAUUAUUGUUUAUCUUCCGGAGAGAUACUGAAACUGCUUUUCUGUUAUUAUAUGUUGAUGAUAUUAUACUCACAUGUUCAUCUCAUGCUCUCCGACAUCGUAUUAUUUCACUUCUUAGUUCAGAGUCUUCUAUGAAGGAUCUUGGUUCUUUAUUUGAGUUUCUGGGUAUUUUUGUGUAUCAGUCUAAGGAUCGAAUGUUUCUUUCUCAACGAAAGUAUGCUCAAGAAAUUCUGCAUUGGGCACAUAUGUCGUCUUGUAAACAUGCUUCUACUCCGGUUGAUACUAAGUCUAAACUUAGUUGUACUUCAAGGAAACCACUUGUGACUCCCUCUUUUUAUCGGAAACUUGUGGGUGCUCUCCAAUAUUUGACUUUCACCUGGCCUGAUAUGUCUUAUGCGGUUCAACAACUCUGUUUAUUUAUGCAGGAUCCUAAGGAACCUCAUGUCUUAUGCGGUUCAACAACUCUGUUUAUUUAUGCAGGAUCCUAAGGAACCUCAUUUCAAUGCCAUGAAAUGUGUUCAUCGGUAUUUACAAGGGACACUUAGUUUUGGUGUAUAGUGAUGGAAGAAUCAGAACGGACAGCGAUUAAGGCAGCAUCAAAGGAAGUUUCUCAUGAAUGCAAAACGCUUAUGAAUUCUGAGUUGAUCGAAUCUCUUAAGCAAAUGCAACAUCUCAUAUUGGGAAGACUGCAAGACAGCAAUGCAGUGCUUUCACAUUUCAAUGAAUACUCGGAGAAUGGCUAUGCAGAUGUCAUUGCUGACUUCUCGAGAAAUACUCGUGUCUUGAAAUCAAUGAAGACAGACCUCGACUACAUAUUUCAGAAGUUGAGAAGCAUGAAGUCCAAGAUCUUAGCUACUUAUCCCGAUGCGUUCCCAAAUGGAUCCUUGGAAGUGGUCGACAGCAGACUGGACCUUGAGGUGCCUGCAUGCGACUCAGAUCAGAAGGAUCAUGCUAGUCCAAUAGAACCCCAUCAACUACCAACUGUGUAACACUUUCGGCUAAUGGUACCCAAUACCCAUCUUUUAUGUUUGUUGGUUCAAAAAUUCUUGAAUUUGAAUUUUUUUUAACGUGCAUAUAGCAUGUUCUAAAACCAUGAACCUCCAUGAUUCACAAGUUUUUCACCAUUCCUUCAACCAACCUACUUACUAAUGGAAUGAAGAAUCAACCAAUUUGUUUUGUUCAUUUUAUAUGUAUAAUAUAUAGUUCUAUUAUAAAUAAUAUACAAUGUCAAUGCAACUUAUAUCAAACUUACAUAUUUUCUAUUUAAAUGAACUAUAUACAUUGAUAUGAUUAAUGAUACUAAAAUGGUUGUCACCUAAA